GUGUUUUGAGCAUUUUUAAGCGUUUUUGCCCUAGAUGUCUUACAGACCAUGGUAGUGAUUGAUCUUUCCAAAUUGAUUACACUACUUUGAGUACCAGAGAACAUAAAAAAAAAAGGAGAAGUAGGAUCAGUCAAUGAUGCGAAUGUGGAAUAGAUGAACGAAAUAUAUCCAAGACGGCUGUGCUACAUGUAUCCACCCAGUCUCUGCGCACUAUUUCUAUAGUAUAGUUGACACAAUGUCUGUACUUUUGGGUUUUAAUGCAUUUCAUCCACAGCUUUCACUAGUACAAUCACUCACUAUCUUGUUGUUUUUAUGCAUCCAAAGCCCAAAGAAGGCUUCAGACGCAUGCUGUCGACUUUAUAAUCGGAAAAUGAAAGAAGGAUGUUCAGUUUUUCUGUUUGACCAUCUGAAAUCGAGCAUGUAUUUAGAACUGCCUAAAGACGCCGUUAUUCUGCUUUUACACAUUAACAAAAGCUGUAGAUCUCUGCCUUUCAAGUCUAUUGAUGUAAGAGAAGCAUCAACUUUGCUGAUAGAAUAUUGAGAAAAUGUACACUUUUACUUUUGAGGUUUUUGGCUUUUAGCGCAUCGUUCUUGGAGUAUUAUCUACAAUUAAAGGUUACCAUAAGGGACUAUAGCUUAUGACGCUUAUUCCGAGUACUCAGCCAUGCCAAUAACUUCAUUUCUUGCCAUGUAAAGACGAAAAGAAAC